UUUUAUUAAAUGGGAGUGCGUGGCUUAACUAGUUAUAUAGCACAACGUGCAGAGAUUUACCUAAAACCCUACGAGCUACACGACACUGCCUUGGUCAUAGAUGGUGAUAACUUAGCCUGUAAUCUGUAUAAAGAUGUAACAGGUUAUUAUUCCGCCUUUGGCGGCAACUAUGAUGAUUUCUAUCGCGCCGUUGUGGAGUUCUUCCAUGUGCUGGCCGAGUGCAAUAUAGUGCCCUAUGUGCUAAUGGAUGGUGGCUAUGAGGAGCGCAAACUACGAACGGUUGCCAAAAGAUUGAGAGGCAAAAUAGCUGUUAUAAAACGCAUUGAUCCUUGUGCUUCGAUUACAUUGUUUCCACUGCAUUUAAAGGAAGUUUUUGUGGAUGCAGUCAAGGAUGUGGGUGUGCCGGUGAUGCGUUGUGUCUUUGAAGCAGACGACGAACUCGCGGCGCUGGCCAGAAAACUCAACUGCCCUGUGUUGUCUUAUGAUUCCGAUUUCUAUAUACACAAUGUCAAGUAUAUACCGUCCAUAACGCUAACAGCACAAGUGUUGACCAAACAGCUAAAGCAAUCAGCAGUGGAUCGUAACUUGCGGAAGAAUGAGGCUAAGCAUGUAGAGAAACGCACCAAGGCAAAUAAAGCAGGUGCAGGACUUAAAGCCAAAACAUUGGAUGCAGCAGAUGAUGGCAAGAAGAGCGCCGGCAAGACUUACAAGUAUUUAGAUUGUUGCAUUUAUCGCGUGGAACAUUUAUGUGGGCGUGGCGCCUUAAGUCCUGAGAAGCUGCCGUUAUUUGCAGCGCUGCUGGGAAAUGAUUAUAUAGCGCGCUCGGCCUUUCGCAACUUUUUUGCCGUGGGCAUGGGCAAGGCAGGCCGCAGUCGCAAAUUGAAUCAACAGCAGCGAAGGAUACGCGUAAUAUUGCAAUGGCUCAAGGAGCAUCCAGUGGAUGUAGCGCUGGGAAAAGUCAUGUCCAGACUGAAAAAGUUUCAACGCACCAGCUUGAUGGCUCAAGUGCAGGCAGCCAUGUCGGGUUACUCCAAUGAGCUGUGCCAUGCCUUCGAUUACUUUGAACGCGCCUAUGAGCAGCCAUUUGUGUUCAUGGAAUCAGACAGUGAGCACGAAGAAGAGGAGGAUGAGGCAGAGCAACACGCAUUGUUAGAGGAAAGCGCAGAGGAGGAAGAAGCAGAAGAAGAGCAAGCUGAGGAACAGCAGGAGUUAGUAGAGCAAAAGUCAGAAGGAGAGGAAGAUAAAGAAGCAGAGGAACAGUCCGAUCAAAGCUCAGAAGAGGAGGACGAAGAGCAAGGCGAGCAAGACACUGCUGAACAAAUCGAAGUUGAAGACAAAACACAGCUCUUUCCAGAAUGGUUUCUCGACAAGCUCUAUCCCGCUCAUCUCUCACGUCAUUUUGUGGACUUGCUGCAUCUACAAAAAUACAUCAACAAUCCGCAAAUUGAACAUUUUCCACAUCAUGAUGCCAAUGCGUUGGCUUUGCCCAUACUCAACUAUUGUUUUGCCUUGUUACAUCAUGUGGCAGGUGCGGAAACUCCAAAACAAGUGGAUGAAGAAGGCGUGGAGCAGCCUUUAGGCUAUACCUAUCUAACUCGAGCGCUGCGCGUCACUAAUGUGAGAUACUUUCGCAUGGAGUUGGAGCAACCACCUGCGUAUGCCUUUGAGCCAUCAGAACCAGAUGCACGGCAUCUGCAGGCGGUGUUUGCAGCGCAUGCACCUCACGCACAGGUGCCAAAACUGUUUGAGCAAGUGCAGCAGCUGCCAGAAGAUUUGCAGCUUUAUAUGCUGGCCAUAGUCUAUUGGCUGCAUCGCUCGGAGCAUUGUGAUCUGGUGCAUUUGCAUGCGUUGCUAGUUUGUCUGGUUGUCCUACGCACCAUAGAUGUUACCAUACCUGCGGAACGGGAUGCGAAGCAGUUCCAGCGACGUUUCGGCAAACAAUUGAAACAGGAGCGUGCAGUGCGUUUGGAGUUAAGCAACAAGGGAUUGAAACGUGGCCUGAAUGCCAAGUUGGAGCCACUUACGAUACCGGAACGCGUGCAGCAUGUGCCAAAGUCAGAUUGUAUACUGGUGCAGGAGAAACUCUUGCCGUUGUUCCACAUGCCGGAGAUCUUUAAGAAGAAAUAUGAUUUAUUUUCCACGAACGUUAUUCAUGCAUUUGCGGAAUUCCAAGCUGUCGUCUAUCAGCUUUAUGGCUUGAAUGCUUUGGUUAAUCAUCCUUACCGCAAUCCACGCAUGAAUCAACUAUUCUGCGGCGUUUUUGUUUAUAAUAUUUAUGACGUACUGCGCUCCCGCUUGGAUAUACGCUAUCAUAUUGAACAUUUCUUGCUCGCCGACUCACAAGUCAUGUUUGAUUUUUACGCUUAUUUAUAUGACUGGUGUGUGCAAUUUAUACCGCAGUGGAAACAACAACCGGAAACUCAGAAAUCGGUCAUUAAAGUGGUACAAAAGAAGCGUCUAAAGAAACAAAGACAAGCAGCUAGAAAAGCAGCAGCGGACAGCGUUGAAAUAACAGAUCCACAUGCAGAUAUGUUGGAUAAAAGCGAGCAGGAGGAUGAAUUUUAUGAUUUAAACAACAAAUUUUGUGGACUUACAGUUUAAAUAAACAGAGUUUUUCUGCAAAUUCUAACUUUGUAUACAUUUUUGAA